UUUCCACCUCUCUUACCCCUGCUAUUCCUUGCAUUCCAGUAAAUGCAGCUGCCAAUCAUUAGUGCUAAAGAGUACCCUCAUUCAUAGGUGGGUCCUAGGUUUUCCCCCUCCCUUCAUGCCUGCUCUCUCCACCUCUACUGCUCAGAAGCCCCCUUGCUCUCCACUUCCCUGGACCAGCAGACUGAAGUUCAUCUGGAGUCAGGCACCCCUCACUCAGGGACUCCAAUCCAGCCGAGAGGGGGACAUUAGGUCAGUCCGUAACAGCUGAGGGGAGAAGGUUCCGGGUGAAUAUGGCCAGGUUCCCAGCUCUUGGGUUCCUUUUAAUAAUCCAUCUAGUAACAUCCCAAGGGCAGAGAGCUGGACCACCAGGACCCGCAGGUCCUCCGGGACCUCCUGGAAUACCGGGCAAGGAUGGAAUAGAUGGUGAAUUGGGCCCCCCUGGUUUACCUGGACGCCCGGGUCCAAAAGGAGGCCCCGGAAAACCAGGAGAGGCUGGAAAACCAGGAUUGUCUGGAUUGCCAGGAAUUGAUGGACUAACUGGACCUGAUGGGAAAGCUGGGCCUGAUGGACCCCCAGGUGAACGGGGAAGUAUUGGACCACCUGGGCCAGAUGGACCUGCAGGACGAGGACCACCAGGACCUCCUGGUCUAGCUGGACCAAGUGGAUUACCAGGCGGUAGAGGACCUCAAGGUCCAGCGGGACCUUCUGGCCCUCCUGGUCUACCUGGACCCCCAGGACCACCAGGCCCUCCAGGUCUUCCUGGAGUUGUUCCCGAUGGCAACGGAGACCUGCAGUGCCCAGCUGUUUGCCCACCUGGACCACCCGGCCCCCCUGGAAUGCCAGGAUUUAAGGGCCACACCGGCAAUAAAGGAGAUCGAGGGGAGAUCGGAAAGGAUGGACAAAAGGGAGAGGCAGGCCCACCCGGGCCACCAGGAAUCCCUGGGAGCGUGGGCUUACAGGGCCCAAGGGGUCAGAGGGGCUUAGUUGGACCUCAGGGACCAGCAGGAGACAGGGGAUCCACUGGAUUUAGGGGACCCCCUGGUCGGCCAGGACCUCCUGGGAAAGCUGGGGAUCAAGGCGUAAGAGGACAUCAGGGAUACCAAGGACCAAAGGGGGAAACUGGUAAAUCCGGUCCUAAAGGAUUGCCAGGGGGUUCUGGCCCUAUAGGAGAACCAGGAAUGCCUGGGAAGGAUGGACGAGAUGGAAAUCCUGGCCUGGAUGGUGAGAAGGGUGAUUCAGGAAAGAUGGGAGUUUCCGGUGAGAAGGGACCCAACGGCCUACCUGGUCUUCCGGGCAAGGCUGGAACAAAAGGAGAGAAAGGUCAGCUGGGCAGCCAUGGAGAAUUGGGAGAAGCUGGUCCCUCUGGAGAGCCAGGUAUUCCCGGUGAAUCUGGCCCCCCAGGAGAGAGAGGAGAGACUGGACCCAGAGGAGGAGCUGGUGGUGUUGGUCUGCAAGGACCCAUUGGAGCUCCCGGAGUGCGAGGAUUUCAGGGGCCAAAAGGCAACAUUGGUGACCCCGGCUUACCAGGUCCUACUGGAAUUCGUGGUGGAUUUGGGGAACGGGGUCCCGUAGGAGUUGCAGGACCAAAGGGCAGUCAGGGCAUUGCUGGUUCCGAUGGACUUCCAGGAGAUAAAGGAGAGCUGGGACCAUUUGGCGGUGUUGGACAGAAAGGAGAGCCAGGAGUGAGAGGUGAACCUGGCCCUAAAGGUGUUUCUGGGCCUAAUGGGACGUCAGGUGUACCAGGAAUUCCCGGCCCUCCUGGCCCAAUGGGUUUCCAAGGAGAACAAGGAGUCCCUGGCAUAACUGGAAAAAGUGGCGUUCUUGGCAAGCUGGCCAGUGAGCAGCACAUCCGGGAGUUAUGUGGGGGAAUGAUCAAUGAUCAAAUUGCACAGUUAGCUGCUAACCUCAGAAGACCACUGGCUCCAGGGUUGGUUGGUCGACCAGGCCCUGCUGGGUUACCUGGAGUACAAGGCGUUCCUGGACGAGUAGGACAUCCUGGUUCUCGUGGACCUCCAGGAUACAGAGGGCCAACUGGGGAUCUGGGAUAUCCUGGUCCAAGAGGUUAUCAUGGUGAUAAAGGAGACAAAGGACCAGUUGGACGUGGUAUUGAUGGACCAUUUGGUGAUCAAGGAGAGCAAGGUGCACAAGGAGUGCCUGGGAUAAGCAUAGAUGGCCGGGAUGGUGCACAUGGUGAGCCUGGUUACCCUGGUGAGCCUGGUAGACCAGGUACAAUAGGUGCUCAAGGUACUCCUGGGAUAUGUGACACAUCUGCCUGCCAAGGUGCGGUCUCUGCAGGAAAAACUAGUCAUCCUAAAUCCUAAACAUCACAAUUAACAAAGGCAAGGAACUAUAUUCAAUACAGCUCUCUGUUGUAUGGAAGACCUACCGUUAGAAACAUUCAGGGAGGUGGUUGUUUAUCACAAAACCCAAGAACGGAUUCCUACACCAUUAGCCCAGCUCCAUGAAACUGAAGAACAUCUGAGUAAAGUUUUCUAGAUGAUUAAUUAUUUUGUUAAAGUUCACUGUUAUCUCUGACACUCACAUUUAUUUUUUACCUCUGAACCCCCUCCCCAUGGUUGUUAGCCUUAAUUUUGGACUUGUUUGCUUGGCAUGCUGCUCACCAUGAUCUGUGUCGGUUCCCAAGCUGUUCAUCCAGCCUGCAGAGGCUUAUGAGAACCAACCCUCUUGCAGUCUAGUCUUGCCAGAGGUAAGUGUACAUAGAAAUGUCCAAGGGAGAACGUUUUUAUAUUUCCAUAUUAAAGCCUGGAGAUUUUGUUACAAAUAACAAAAUGCAGUGUGGCUAUGACAUGUAAUAAAACCAUUUCCAAGACAGAGAA